AGUUCAAUGCGUGUGGUGACCGCGCCUGUAUUGUCAAGCGUUUUAUCGGAUCCAGCACCUGAGAUGCACCAAUUCUGAAGAUUUGACCCAGUUGGUGGAGUCGGGGUAUAGGCUGAGAAUCGCUUCAAUAAUGGCAGUCAACCACAGCCAGCAGAAGUUGGCUGAAAAGCUGACGGUUCUGGUGGAUCGAGGUGUGGGAAUGCUCGCUCGUUUGUACAACAUCAAGAAAGCAUGUCAAGAUCCGAGAUCGCGUCCAGCUUUCCUGUCGGAGAAAGCUCUGGAGCCGUGCCUCAAGAACAUUGUCAAGAAGUUUCCCCACACAGAGAAGAACGUACAGGGUCAGUUGGCACCGAUAGAUCAACGGAAGACUGAAAUCCUGAAGGUGCUGAGCGUGUAUUACACAACGUUCAGAGACAUCCACGAAUAUACGGAUCAUGUGACCGAGCUGCUUACGGUGCUAUCCAGCUGUCAUGUUCAUUUCGACGUUACGGCGAACUUUGACAUGACCAAGAACUACUUGGAGUUAGUGGUGACCUACAUUUCUAUCAUGAUGUUGCUGGCCAGAGUCGAAGACAGGAAAGCCAUGUUGGGGCUCUACAACCAGGCUUAUGAACUGGCUUAUGGAAAAAGUGAGCCCUCGUUUGCCCGUCUGGGCACACUCAUCGUCGAGUUUGACAGCCCCGUCAAGAAACUGACCCAGCAGUUUGUUCCCUUGGAAAAGUGUGUUGCCUCGGCCCUGUUCUCUCUGCUCCAUCUCUACCCGAGGCGCAACAUGAUGGCAGGCGAGAUGCGAUCCCAGGAGAUGCUCAGCCUAGUCUCCAAACCAGCUCUGCUCUUGAACCCAGCACAGAGCGAGACCAUGCGCUGCGAAUACCUGUCCCUUGAUACCAUGGAACGAUGGAUCAUCCUUGGGUUCCUGGUUUGUCCGACUCUCCUUCAGAGCAACGAGCGCGCUCACGCCCUCUGGAGGCCGGCCCUGCAAGGCGGAUUCUGCAUCACGCUUUUCCGCGACGAAGUCCUCAUGUUCCACAAAUACAUUGAGGUGUUCUUUGACACCAUCAAGGGGUUUCACAAGAGGGUGUUGGAAGUUAAGGAAUGUUGCAACCACGCCCUGCAACAUGCCCCCGGCGUGCACCGCGAUCGACGGAAGUUCUUGCGUGGAGCUUUGAAGGAACUGGUCACCAUCUUGUCAGACCAACCGGGACUCCUCGGACCAAAAGCGUUGUACGUCUUCAUGGGGCUAGCUUUUGCCCGUGAUGAGAUCCUGUGGCUUGUCCGUCAUGCCGAACACCCUCAUCCAAAGAUGAAAUCCAAGACAAAUGUGGAUGAUUUCCUGGACCCUUUGCUGCCAGAGAUGCUUUUUCACAUGGAAGAACUCAGAGCACUGGUGAAGAAGUACCAUCAAGUUCUUCAGCAAUACUAUAUCCAAUACCUAAAUGGCUACGAUGCCAUCGUUCUCAACAAUCUCGCAAAGAAUCUUCCAUUGUGCUCAGAAGAUGAAUCGGUCAUUCUCUCUUCCUUUGUACAAACCAUGGAAAAUCUCAGCCUUCAGCAAGUAGAGAAGGGAGAAGUGUUUGACUUCCGCGGCUUCCGUUUAGACUGGUUCCGUCUCCAAGCCUACACCAGCAUCCGUAAGGCCACGCUCAUCCUGACUGAGAAUCACGAGCUGGCUCGGACCAUGAACACCAUUGUCUUCCACACCAUCAUGGUGGAUGCCCUGGACGAGAUCCUCAAUGAAACGUCCGACUUGAGCAUCUUCUGCCAUCGUAGUCGGUUCUUUGACCGCAUGUUUGAGAUGUGCCUCAGCUACGCCUCUCAGGCGCGUUAUGCCAUUGCGUUCCCGUUGAUCUGUACGCACUUCAUCAACUGCACCCACGAACUUUGCCCUGAGGAGAGGUAUCACAUUGGAGACCGCAGUCUGACCGUCACCAAUGCAUUCCUAGACAGGCUGGCGAAGGAGGUCAAGGAUGUGGUGACAAAGAUCUGCACAGAACAGUGCAUUCUGAGCGAUCAGCUGUUGCCCAAGAAUGCGGCUCCCCAUCUUGCCAAGAACGAGCAUCUCAGACGACGAAUCAAGGAAAAAGACAAGAAGAACAAGAACAUCCCUGAGCCAACAGUCCCCGGAUCGGAGAGCCAUCGCAAGACGCGUGAGAAACUCAGCGUCUUUGACAAGCUUCACAUUAGCCUGACGGAGCUGUGCUUUGCCAUCAACUUCACUCCCAAAAUCGUCGUGUGGGAGCACACGUUUGCUCCCAGGGAGUACCUCAUUCAACAUCUGGAGGCCAGAUUUGCCAAAGCCCUUGUAGGCAUGAUGAUGUACAAACCAGAGACCAACGAGAUCGCGAAACCCUCCGAGCUUCUGACCAGCGUUCGCACCUACAUGAACGUCCUGCAAAGCAUUGAGAGCCAUGUUCAUAUUGACGUGACCCGAGUGUUCAACAACGUCAUGUUGCAGCAAACACAGCAACUGGACAGUCACGGUGAAAAGACAAUCACCAUGCUGUAUACCAACUGGUACUUGGAGGUGUUGCUAAGGAGGGUGACCUCAGGUCAAAUCUGUUUCUCCCCUUACCAACGUGCAUUCAUUAGUCUGGCUCCGGACCCUCAGCUCCCCUUCAAUGCGGAGGAGUACACAGACGUCACCGAAUUGCGAUCGCUGGCGGAGUUGAUCGGAGCUUACGGCAUGAAAUUCCUCCACGAGAGCCUCAUGUGGCACAUCGCCAGCCAAGUCAGUGAGCUCAAGAAACUUGUCUUGGAGAACAAAGACGUUCUUCAACAGCUGAGGACCAAUUUUGACAAGCCGUCCAUGAUGGCCGAGCUGGGCACGCAACUCAAGUCCAUUGAGAACCUUCUGACGAGGUUGAACAUCAUCGGCGUCAUCCUUGCCUUCAAGUCUCUCACUCAAGAAGCGCUCUCAGACACGAUAAAUCACAGGAUACCUUUCCUCUACAACACCAUCACGGAUUUCCGAGAGCACGUCAAGGCAUCGGGGCAGGAUGCGGUUACCGUGGAUAUGCUAGCAUCCAGUGUGGGGUUGCCGUGUAAUGUGGAUCCAACGCUCUGCCAUGCCCUGCAGGCAGAGAAAGACAUUGAUCCAACGGAGGACUAUAACACAUCUUGCCUGAUCAUGGUCUUCAUCGCCGUCUCCCUGCGCGUCUUGGUCCGCAGCGAGACCACCGUCUACAGUCCCGUCUUGGACGCGCACCCCAACAACUGUCAUUGCUUUGCCAAGGCUAUCAACGCCAUCGCGGGGGCGCUGUUUACCUUGCACAGCCGGGGGGACGUGGAACAGCGGCUCCAGGAGUUUUUGGCAUUGGCGUCAUCCAGUCUUCUUUCUCUCAGUGGGGAGGCAGGCAAGCAGAUCCAACCCAAAGCAAAGGAAUCACUCUAUCUACUUUUGGACCAGAUCGUGAAGGAGUCACCGUUCCUGACCCAAGACCUUCUGGAGUCAUGCUUCCCUUACGUACUACUCCGUAAUUCCUACCAUGCUGUCUUGAAAAGGGAGUAGAGAAAUUCAGCCAAUCAAAAGAAAUGUACCAUACCGACUGACCAAUCAGGAAGCUUGUUUUUUGUGAAACCUGUACAUUGUGAGGCACACAAGUUUUGAAUUUUUCAGCCGAAAAUAGCCAAUAGUAAGGCAUGUAAGAUACCAAUUAACCAAUCAGAAAGUCUGUUUUAUUUUGUAUUCCUGUAGUGGAGAUGUUUAUAGUGUCUUUAGAAGUGACUGACAAGAGUAGCCAAUCGCAAAACUUGUAAAAUACUAACCGACCAAUAAAAGUGUCUGUGUUAUGACAUUCUGCAUAAGAAAGGUUUUGAAGGCACCAGACCAGUGUGAACAUUUUCCAUAUUGACUUAAAGAUUUGCAUGCAAUUAUUUCUUUUUGGGUCUGACAAUGACCUGCAGAAUUGCUAGAUUUUUAGGCUGAAAGUUCUAUCUUUGCAUUUGCAAACAUAUUUCAGUGCUUGGGUUCAGGGAGUUAUGCUUAUAUCAAGCACACAGGUGCUUGUUCCCUAGUUAAGGUGACAAACUCUUGUCAUUACUGCCAUUUUGGUGAAAGACGUGCAUCAUUACACCAAUUGUGGUGACUGACGUGCAUGGUUACAGCAAUUGUGGUGAAAGACGGGCGUCAUUACACUAAUUGUGGCGACAGACGUGCAUCAUUACACCAAUUGUGGUGACAGACGGGCACCGUUACAGCAGUUAUGGUGAAAGACGUACGUCAUUACACCAAUUGUGGCGACAGACGUACGUCAUUACACCAAUUGUGGUGACAGACGUGUGUCAUUACACCCAGGGCAUAGGGUCCAACCCACAUUUCUUCAGUGAACACGCUGUCGGUUUUAUUCACAGAAGCUUUUAUCAUAGUUACAAUUGCUCUGUUUCACUUUGGGUCUUUUUUAUUUACUCAAGUUCUCUGUACCAAAACCUGUACCAAAAUGCUGUUCUUUUUUAAGGUUUGUAUUGAAUGUUAAGAAUAACUUAAGAACAGAUGUAAAAGAUUAACUUUUUUCUCAAAGGAGAGAUUGGGUCAUGGAUAUCUGAAAGCUUGUUUAAGAAGCUGCAUUAAUAUUUUAUAAUUCGUAUCUGCCAGGUAAAUUUGUUUCGCAUCAAAACCUGGAAUAUUUAAAAUAAUAUAUCCAAAAUGCCGCACCAGUUUGGAUUGGCCAGAAAAAAAGUCUUUGUAAAAUCUCCCAUAUGCUUUGUACAUGAAUGUCAGUCAGAGGAAUUAUGGGCGACACAGAAAGGUUCGAUGCAAAUCUUUUAGAGAGAGUUGUUCAGUUAUUGAAAUAGCAAACUUUCUGUUUUCGGACACUGUGCCUUUCACAUAGGAUUACAUACAAAUUUUUUUGGCCAUCUUGGUUCAUUGUUUUAAAAAAAUGACUCAACCUAACCAAAUAAGUCACAAAUCACUACAACAACUUUUGAGUGACGGCCUUUAGGAGAAUCUUGCUUCAUGCAAACGAAUGGGUUCCCUCAACAUGUUUCACCCGUACAUUGUCCGUUUUUAUCCAGAUGGCCAAAAUGUUUGAUACAUCAAAACAAAGAACCCAGUAUGCUCUUAAAACAACAGAAUUACCAAAUCCAAAAAAUAUAACCUUAAGACUCAUUUUGCUGGAUUCGGUCUUAAAUGUUGCUAUUCCAAACUCCUACAACAGGGCAUUGUGGGUAGUAAGACCACAGUAUACAAAACUUGUACAAGUUGCUUACUUGGCUGUGCGUCUUGAUCAGAAUUUUUAAUGAAAUAAAAUGAUACCGUGAGUUGUAAAAUAAGUAAAGUUAUUAAGUUCGUGUAUUAAAUUACUUGCAGAAAUGAUAGAUUGAACAAAUGCAGUCAAAAUACGUGUACAGUGGUAUAAAAAUUUUUUUUUUUUAAAUUAUAGUGAUAGGGGUCGAAAACCAGUGAAUUGUUAGUUUUCAGAAAACGUGCAUUGAUAUUAGGGGCAAAAUUUCAGGAAAGCUUUUUGAUAAACAAUAUUCACCGGUUUCAUGUUAAUGGACCUUGGUUACAGAUAUUUAGAUUUUGAAACUAUUUAUCCAAGUUGGAAUUAAGUUAUGAGUCGCUGUUUAACUUGUACAGAAAUAAACCGAUUUGGCAUAAAACUGAAUAGGGUAUGAAGA